GGGACUUUCGAUGUGCGACCUUUGUUUAUGUUCAUGAGAUUUCCCAGUGUACUGUGCUCAUCGACGGAAAUGCCUGCAUGAAGCUAUCCGUACAUUCCGAAGAUAAGAUCUUGGCAUUACAUUCAUCAUAGAAAGGGAAAAAAAAUGGCCUACACAGACGAAAAGCUGCAUAAUCUGGAGGAGAACAUCGAGCCCAUUUACGCAAAACAUAGCCAACAUCGCAGGUCAAAAAUAUUCCUAAUAGCCCUUCUCGGCGGCACCAUUACAUUCUACUCGCUAUUCGGAAUCAUACUACUCUGCUUUUACUCGGAUGCGACUUUAUUAGCGUUGAUUACGAAUCCGCACUUCAAUCACAAAUAUAAUCAUUUGCAGAAUCAAUGGAUUAACACGAAGAGUAGUAUUGCGUUGGAUGAGAAGCCCAGGGGGGUGAAUAUUGCUGCUGUGGUGGAGUAUAGGAAUUGGGAGAGGAGUUCGAUAUUGAACUGCUAUUUGAGGAGAAACCUCGUCGAAUACGGCGGUCUAUUGGAUGAAGUCGUCUUCAUCCCCGAAACAACUGACCGAGAACAUCUCGAAUGGCUGUACGAGACAGUCAACAAAUCAGAAUCCUACUCCAUCCGGCCGUAUUUCUUCCCUGCAGCGGAUACAAAAGACAUAUACAUCAAAAUCGACGGCGACGUCGUCUACAUCGAGGAUAAUGUGAUCCCCACCAUCAUAAACACAAAACUCCAACACCCAGAAACGGGUAUUGUCUCCGCAAACGUCAUCCACCAACCCGCCGUCGCGGAGUUCCAUCGAAGAGCGGGCGUGGUAUUACCACAGUUACUGGAUAUAAAAUCACUGAGUCAGGACUCAAAGACAUCCGGACGGAACUGGAUUCCUUUCUUGUCGUACUGGAGGAAUAUGCUGGAGUCGUGGUUCUGCCAGCAGCGCCCUGCUCCCUCCUCUUCCUCCUCCAUAUACCUAGUUUCAAACUCCGCUAGUGCAACGGAGCAAUAUACCUGGCUCUCUCAAGCGCAGCAACACAAUUCCUUCCUGCAUCACCUCGAACGCGACGAACUACAGAGUUAUAAGUUCCCAUUAUGGAAGAAUCCGCCGGGCGAGAUAUCGGGGGCAUUCGUUGUUCUACCGGGAAAUAGCAAUGCUUCGAACAUAAACUCAUCGACUCUGUCACAGCAAAGGGAUGUAUUGAUAGACGGUAAAGGCGUGGUGUCGCACUAUGACGACGCAGCUGGAAAGGAAGGGUUGGAUGUGACGAAUAUACUCAAUAGAUAUCGGAAAUAUGCUGAGGAUCACGCCUGUUUUGCUGAUUAGUCGAUCCUGUGUUAGGAUUAUGAUUUACGACCUGAUAUCAUGUUUUUAGCUUGUUCGAUGUCGUUCGGAGAAUGGAGGCUUGAAUAAAUAUCUGUACACUAACCCGAAGAAGUAAUCUAUGGG